AUGGAGGCCCCUCCAGUUCAAGACGCCGUCAGCACCCAGCAGCACGGCAGCGCCGGCGAGCCCGCAGCGGCACCUGCAGCCGCGGCACCACCGCAGGUGCCGCGGCUGCAUGCGGUCGUGGUCGGCGCUGGGCCUGCGGGCGUGACGGCAGCCAUUUUCCUGGCGAGGAGGGGCUGGAAGGUGGAUGUCUACGAGCGCCGCCCCGAGGGCAGCCCCUCCGACGCGCGCCGCACGUACCUGAUUGGACUUGGGGAGCGCGGCCUGCGCGCCUUGGAGGCCGCGGGCGUGUCGCUGCCCGGGGAGGACGGCGGCCGGCGCCUGCUGGGCAGCGUAUACGCAACGCCGACCAAGCGCUUCGAAGACGUGUGGUCGGAGAGAGCGCGCAUCGUGGGCGUCGACCGGGCGUCGCUGACGUCAGACCUCGUCACGGCGGCGCGCCAGGGCUACCCCGAACUCAUCUCCUUCCACUUCGAAUCCCGCCUCCUGCGCAUCGACUUCACCGGACGCCGCCUAGUGAUGGCGGCACCAGGGACACCCCAGGGCUUCCAGGCGCUGCCCUAUGAUUUGCUGGUCGGCGCGGACGGCGCCCGCAGCUGGGUGCGCGGUGAUUUGAUCGUGGCAGGGCAGCAAAGGGGCUGGGCGUCCGUCAGCGGCAGCCGGGCCGGCGCUUCCCACCACUUUGUCGCGUCGCGGCCGGCGCUUGUGCAGGAGGCGUGGGUGCGCUCCGAGAUGUCGUGCGCGCUGAGGGGCAUGCUGGUGGUGCCCCUGAGCAGCCCAGUGGCUUCGAUGGAGUUCAAAGUGUUCCAUGAUCUGGAGGACUGCCCCGAGAUCCAGGCCAAGCUGCCGGCGGCUGCCAAGUGA